ACCUUGGCAGUGGCGUGAAAAUCCCUCCCGGCGGGACGAAUCAAGAGCAUCUCCCCUGUCCUCCCUCUGCUCCUUCAACCUUCGCUCUUUGUCUUUGUUUCGCUUCACCCUUCCUCCGGUAGCUCUCACUGCACUGGCCGCAGACUUCCUUUAGGUCAGCCCAGCUGCGCCUGCAACACAACUUGCAGCCAAGUCGCACACGCUGUUGUGCCACUGAGGCUGCCCCGGAGGACAGAAAUGCCAGCCAGAGGGUGAUGGCCCGCUCAGCUGGCAAUCCAAGCCUCCAGGAAUGCCAGGAAAGCCUCUCCAGGGGAUCAGAGAUGGAGUUGCAAAUUCUGUAUCUGCAAACUAAGGUGGAAGGAGGUGGAGAAAAAGAGGAAGACCACACGUUCCUCAUUGGCCCAGAGUUGGCGUACAGCAGCAGCACCCUUUUCCCUACUGGGAAUAAAGUGCAUCCAUUAAUAUACACUUCGAUGUAUAUGUCCUGAUGGUUUUUGUAUCCUCCCAGCUAGUCCAUCCCCAUAACACUGUGGCUUUUUUGUACCUGCCAGCUACUUGGCAGCCCCACCAGACACCACUGGGUGCAGGGCACUGCUGCCAUGAAGGACUUGGUUAAGCGCGUGGUGCUAAAGACCCACCCGUGUCAGGAAUGUGGCAAAUCCUUCAGCAAGAAGGGAAACCUGAAGAGACACCAGCGGAUCCACACGGCGGAGGAGCUCUUCACUUGUGGGGAGUGUGGAAGGCGCUUCACCACCCGGGGCCACCUCACAACCCACCAGAGCAUCCACACAGGAGAGAGGCCCUUCUGCUGUGGGGACUGUGGCCGUUGCUUCCGCCUGGAGAUAUGCCUGGCCGCCCACCAGAAGACACACACUAAGGGUGGUCCCUACCUCUGUGCUCGCUGCGGCAAGAGCCUGAGCACAAAAAUCUACUUCAACAUCCACAUGCGUACCCACACAGAGAAGAGGCCAUUUGCCUGCACCGAGUGUGGGAAGAGCUUUGUGAAGAAGGGGACCCUCACUGCCCACAAGGAGAUCCACAAGCGAGAGAAGCCCUUCAAGUGCCCUGACUGCAGUAGAUGCUUUGGGCAAAGUGCCACACUGCUGGCCCACCAGAAGAUACACCUCCGCGGGGGGCCUUUCAUUUGUACGGAGUGUGGGAAGAGCUUGAGCACCAAGCGGUAUUUCAGCGUGCACCAGAGGAACCACACUAAGCAAAAGCUGCUUGAGGGACACAUAAAUGGUGUGUCUCUCCAGGUCAUCCAGAUUAAAGAGGAGUCUGAUUUUGCCUUCAGAUCAGAGGAGAAUUCGUGGGAGAAUAUAUCCCAUGAAGGAUAUGUAGCCCAGGAGUGUGGCAUACCUAGAAACCUGUGUAACCCAAAAAGCCCUCCUUGGAAAAUCCAGAUGAAGGAGGAAGCGGACCCACCCACUGAUGACACAGCAAACAUUACUGCAAUAGCUUGCCAGAAACUUUACAUCAAGGAAGAGCCACCAGAAACCCCAGACUAUGGAAAGCUCUUUGAUCCAAAGAUCCCACUGAUGGCUUUACAGGGGAGACAGCUUAAAAAGGAAGAGGAUGCUGAUGGGCAGCGUGAAUGGGAAGUCCCCGUAGCCUGUACCCGGGUGCUCCAUGUGCAGGAAGAACCACAGGAAAGCACUGAGUUUGGGAUGUACUAUGGGCAGAAACACAACCUCUGUGCUAUCCAGAGGAUCCAAAUCAAAGAGGAACCUGGUGUAGAGGCCAGCCACCAGGAAAGCCAGAGCCUAAGGAGGAAGGAGAAGAAAUGCUAUCAGCCCACCAAAGAGGGAAUGCUGGAGAACCGUGAGAAACCCAUAUCCAAGAAAGAUCCCUCAGCAAAAGGAGCUCCCAAGGGUGAACAGAUAUUCCCCUGUCCCGAGUGCGGAAAGAGUUUCAAUCAGAAAUCAAACCUUACCAGGCACAAGAAGAUUCACACAAGCGAGGGGCCGUACAAGUGCAGCGAGUGCGGGGAGAGCUUCCGCAUGAACCGCAAGCUGAUCCGCCACCAGCGAGUCCACAUGAGCGAGCCCUUCAAAUGCACUGAGUGUGGGAAGAGCUUCACCCAGCGAUCAAAUCUGGUUCGGCAUCAGAGGAUUCACACCAAGGAGGAGCCCUACCAGUGCCCGGAGUGCGAGAAGACCUUCAACCAGAAGGCCAACCUUUUCCGGCACCAAACAAUCCACAUCCGCAUGGGACCUUGCAAGUGCACCAAGUGUGGGAAGUGCUUCCCUCAGAAGCGGCAUCUUAUUAAACACCAGCUGCUCCAUUCCCGAGGUGGAGCCUAUAAGUGUGGGGUCUGUGGGAAGCGCUACCGGCUGAAAAAGUAUCUGAGGAGACACCAGAAAAUCCAUGCGCGGGAAGGAACUGCUCCCUGCAUGAAACAGGGGGAGGCCACAAGGACUGGUGGUGGACACCACCACACUGAGCAGACAUCUCCGGCCCCCACAAAGAGUGAAGAGGAGAGCUGAGCAGGCCUGGUGCCUGCUCCUGGGACAAAAUCCUUAGGGAAAGGGGAGGGAUGGGGAGAAACUACCAGCCUUAUGUGUGCAGUAUCUGGGGGUGGGGAGGUCAACCCGUGGGGACAGUGAGGUGGAGGGGGCAGAGCACUGCUGGAAACUGGUCCUCUGCUGCUGUUUUUGGAGUAUUACACUCAGGGUGUCACCUGCUCACAGCUGUGAGAUGGGGAUGGAGAGCCAAGCCCCCUCAGAGCACGUGGAGAUGGAGGGUAAGAGUUGGCAUCCUUUGUAAUGGUAUGCUGGUGCCUCUACAGCCUGCCAAAGUUGAGGAUGCCAAAAUUGUCUUGUGUGGGCAAUAUAUAGCCAGGAGGACCAGGCAGGAUUUAUUUUCAUGACAUUACUGUGUUUCUGAGAAAGCCGAAGGGAACCUCUCCCAUCCAGGCAAGGGUUUAAAGCAAGGGCCAACUCUCUUCUUCUCCCUCAUGUAGCUCUGAUCCACACCUUGAUCCUACUGGGCUGAUAGACCCUAGCCAAGUGGAUGGUACAGAUUUGAGAGAAUCUGCUGCCAGCCAGAUGAGAGUUUCACACCUUGAAUCCCUCAGACCAGGCUCACAGAUAGGCUUAAGCCAGGUCCCUAAAAAUAAGUCACGCAAAAUCAGUGACUGCUUUUCCAAAAAAACUCAGAGGCCAGCAGAUUGUAUUCUGCUUUGUGCCCCCACAGCCCCACUGUGGGGAUGUAAAUGAGAAUGGCUUUUCUUAGCACCGAGCUUUACAUCUAUAAUGAGCAGGUAGUUUUGGCACCACAAGUCCCAGAGGCAUCAGUGAUUUCAUCAGCUCAAGCGACACUGGUGCUGGUUCUCAGCCACCUGCUUCCCUACUUGUUACUGUGAAGCUUUUGCUAGGAUGUUGACUUUAUUGGGCAUGAUCUAGGGAAUUCAAACCAAGCAGCAGGAAUAGAUGAAACAGUCUUCAGACUUUAUGGACUAGAGAACUGGAAACUAUUUCCCUGUUUGGAUCUUUCCCCUUCUUCUCCCUGGUGUAAAGGAGAUUGUGCAGCCACUCAAAAGCAUGGAUAAUUCAGCAGUCUUUAUUGCUCGCUGCUGAUGAUUUUGUUUGAGUGUUCCCUAUUCAGGUGGAUCUUUGUGUCUUGAAAGUCCCUGGCGAAGCGGAGAUGUGGAGGGAAUCCACAGUCCCCUGAGCCACUCCCUGAUAUUUCUCCACAGUACUGCUACAUGACCACCUGGGCACUGCAGAACAGAUGCAUAUUAGAGUUCAUUGUGUUGCUGUUUAGAGUCUAAGAGGCAAGUGGAAAAAUGUUCCAUGGUGAACUAGUAGCUCUGCCUCUCUGGUUUUGUGCAGGAAAAGAAGCCCCCUCCCUGAUGCUGCACUCUCCAAACUAUCCAGCUGCAACAAGGUCUUUUACCAUCACAUACCAACACACUCUUCAUGCCAGUCCCUCUGCUGCCUUCUCCUAGUCUUGCCUCAUCCAGGGCCUGCUCUCUCUUCUCUUGCCUCUUCCUCAGCUGCUCUCUCUUCUUUGGCUCCCAACCACUUAACAGAACCAGCCACAGCUGCACCUUAUCAACAUCGGCCAACCCACCACCCCUGAACCCAGCCCACAGUUGUAUAUUAUCCAUGCUAAUUAACCCAGCUUCAUUCCUCUAUACCUCCCCACCCACAAGGCACACAGCACUUCCUUCUCCCAGGAUGUGUUGCAGGUGGCAUCCUCUUGGAGGCAUCUGAAAGUCACGCAGCAUGACUUUGGGCAACUACCUGCUGCAACGCUGCUGGUUGUCUGCACUGCAUACUCUGGAGCAGCUGCCUCUCUAGGCAGGGAAACUGAGGCAUGGAGAGAAGGAAAGGAACAGGACAAACUGCUCUGGAGCUUUGUCUUUACCAGCUAUGUGGACACCAUUGUGUUGAGGUGCUUUGUUGUGGUGACUCAAGCACAACGCUGAGUGCAGCUGCCAAGCCCCAAAAGCACAGAGUAAUUUUGGUGUUUAGAUUCCCUCAGCCUUUGAUAUAGUCAGGCCCAGGACAUGAUUUCAAACAGCCAGGCAGGCUGUGACAACCUCUAAAGGAGCUUAUCCCUUCCCCUCACCUGUAGACCACAGCCAGACUGGUUGGUAUGAAGCUGUCCCUCAGAUCCCUCUGACCUGGCAGAGGUUUGUUUCUGGGACAGAAAAGGCAGGCGCAGAGCUUGGGAUGUUCCAGGGGCACCUAAGGGACAUCUUUGUUAGAAAAAUGGAUCUGAGCCGUGUGGUGAGUAGAUGCUUCACUGUAGGACUGGAAAACUAUGUUCCUGGGGAAGAAUAUGGCUGAGCCAAGCUAGCAAAGCAAACCAGCCUCUGUUAGGCUUGCUGAGGGGCAGAGGUCCAGCAGAGCCCUCUCAGUGAGGAGAAAAUAAUCACCAGAUGGCUGGCGUUUAUUUCCUUUUCAUUAGCCUAGCAUAAGGCCAUAGAGAUUUUUACCAGCAAGAGGAUCUGGUGUGGGAGGGUUGCCAGUUGUGGUGUGUCCCUGCACACGAAGAGGGCAAUGAGCCAAUGUCAGGACCUUUCCCACAUGUCACUGGAUCUUCUACCACUGGCUAUGGCCAGUGUGGUGUCCCAGCCUCUGGGGAAAGUCAUGGCUGAUAGUUUGUGAUAUCUCCUCAAUAAA